AUGGGAGAGGCUUAUCUUGUGGCAUUCCUUCGAGUGCUGGUCGACAAGUUGGCGAGUCGUGAGGUGUUCAAGUGCUUUGGACUCAUAAAGGGCGUCGACCAAAAGCUGCAGAAAUGGACUGCCACCUUGUCUGCAAUUGGAACGGUUCUGAAUGAGGCGGAGGAGAGGCAACUGAUCACCGAGAGCAAGUCGCUGAAGCUUUGGCUGGAUGAUCUCAGGGACUUAGCUUAUGAUGUGGAAGACGUAUUGGACAAAUAUGCUACUAAAAUGCUCAAACGGGAGAUAGAGCUGGGACAUUAUGCCGGCACCGCAAGAAGGGUCUGGAACUCAGUUCCUAAUGGUGUUUUCAACUACAAAAUGAACUCAGAAAUACAGAAGAUUACUGAGCGUUUACAAGAGAUAUCUCAGCGAAAGGACCAGCUUAGUUUGAAUAUCAUUACUGGGACGACGUCGUCCACUAAGGCACGUCAAAAUUUACCUCCCAGUUCCUGUCAACCAGAUGGACCUGUGAUUGGAAGGGAGGAAGACAAAAGGCAGGUCGUGGAAUUUCUGUCGAAACAAGAGCGUGGUGCCGUCAAUUUCGAUGUAGUUGCCAUUGUUGGUAUGGCUGGAGUCGGAAAGACAACACUUGCUGCACAAGUGUUCAAUGAAAUUGAUGCAACCGAGCAAUUUAAACCCACUGCUUGGGUAUGCGUGUCUGAUGACUUCAACCUAGAAAGAGUGACAAAGCAAAUUCUUGAAUCAGUCACAUCCCAACUCUAUCCUACAGAAGAUUUCAAUAAGGUUCAACAGUCUCUGCAUAAGGAAUUAGCUGGGAAGAAGUUUUUAAUUGUUUUGGAUGAUGUUUGGAGCACAUGUAGCUAUGGUGUAUGGAUGAAACUGCAGUCCCCCUUUCGCGAUGGAGCAGCAGGAAGCAAGAUAAUUGUGACUACGCGUGAUGCAGAAGUUUCGAAAAUGAUGGGAGCUGGCACUCUAGUUCAUAAUUUGGAGCUGAUGUCAAAUGACGUUUGUUUUGAAGUAUUUGAGCAGCAUGCAUUCAGGAAUGUUAACAGAGAUAUACCACCAAAUUUCGAGUCACUCAAGGAGAAAAUUGUUGCAAGAUGCAGUGGAUUGCCUUUGGCUGCUAGGACUCUUGGCGGCCUUUUACUUCGUAAAGAGAUGAAUGAAUGGGAGGAAAUAUUGAACAACAAAUUAUGGAGUCUAUCAAAUGAGCGUGACAUACUUCCGGUAUUAAGAUUAAGCUAUCACUAUCUUCCUUCACAUCUGAAAAGAUGCUUUGCCUAUUGUUCGAUACUUCCAAAUGACUAUGAAUUUAGAGAGCAUCAAUUGAUUCUUCUGUGGAUGGCAGAGGGUUUGAUUCAACCACAACCAGAACAUAAUAAGCAAAUGGAAGAUUUAGGAACUGACUAUUUUCAGGAGCUCUUAUCGAGGUCAUUAUUUCAGAAAUCAGGCAAAAACAAUUCAAAAUAUGUAAUGCAUGACCUCGUUGUUGGUUUGGCACAGUGGGCAGCAGGAUAUAUUUGUUUUAGAUUGGAGGAUAAGCAGAAUAGCGAUGAUGUACAACUUGGAUGUUUUCCAAAGGCCCGCCAUGCGUCCUACAUUUGUGGUGACUAUGAUGUGGCUAAAAGAUUUGAGGCAUUUUCUGAAGUGAAAGAUUUGCGGACCUUCCUGCCUCUUUCUCAUGGUUAUCCUUGCCAUUGUCUAAGUCGUACGGUUCAUUUUGUUUUAUUGCCAAAAUUGCAAUACUUGCGGGUGCUUUCUCUCAAUGGCUAUAAUGUAGCAACCCACAAUCUCAUCAAUAUUGGUAAAUUGAAGUAUCUACGGUAUCUUGAUCUCUCUCACACACUGAUAAAAUGUUUGCCUAAAUCAACCACCUCUCUUUACAACUUACAGACAUUGUUAUUGGAAGGUUGUCAUUAUUUGAAGGCACUACCUAGAAACUUGGGGAAUCUAGUGAAUCUGCGUCAUCUCAAUAACUCAGAUGUAGGUUCACUGAAAGCAAUGCCUCCGCAACUAGGUCGGUUGACGAAUCUACAAUCCUUGUCUAAUUUUGUGGUGGGUAAAGGUAGUGAUCAAUCGGGUAUAAGAGAGAUAGGGUCCCUAUUCCAUCUCCGAGGGACAUUGCGCCUCUCAAGAUUAGAGAAUGUGAUCGAUGCUGAGGAUGCACGGAGGGCCAACUUAAAAUGCAAGGACAGACUUGAUGAAUUGGUGCUAGAAUGGUCGAGUGACACACAAGAAACACAGUUAGGUGUGCUUGACAGAUUAGAACCUCAUAGAAUGCUCAAAAUUCUGAAAAUCAAGGGUUAUGCUGGACUAAAGUUUUCAGCAUGGAUUGGAGAUCGUUUAUUCUCUACUAUGGUUGAUGUAAGGUUAAACAACUGUGAGGAGUGCAAAAUCUUGCCACCACUUGGACAAUUGCCUUCACUCAAAACGCUUUAUAUUAGAGGAAUGACUGCAGUGGAAAGUGUUGGUCCUGAGUUUUAUGGAGAGAGUAGCUUGCCUUUUCCAGUACUAGAGGAUCUUAAGUUUUCAGAUAUGCACAACUGGAAGAAAUGGCUUCCUUUCGCACAAGAUCAGGUUUUCCCUUGCUUGAAGUUGCUUUCUAUCACAAAUUGCCCUCAAUUGGAGGGUAAGUUGCCCGAGAACCUUGAUUCAUUAGCAACACUUGAAAUUUUUAAAUGCGAGGAAUUGGUGAUUUCAAUUUCCAACUAUAAACAAAUUGGUGCAUUAAACAUCGACGGUUGCAAAGCGGUGGUGAAGACAAGUGGCGUUGAGUUUAAGUCAUUAGACUUUUUGAGACUUUCAAAUAUUUCAGAGGUGGGGUUCCAAACUGGGGAAUUCACCAAAGGAUUAAGUAAGGUUGCAAAAUUGACGAUUGGCGGAUGUGAGGAGCUGACAUCUUCACUGAAAAAUGAGGAUAGAGUAUUGCAACGUUUGAUUUCUCUUGAUCGUUUGGUUAUUGAAGGCAACUCUUCCCUCCUUCAAAAGUUGGGAAAAGAAGCAGAGGAGUUGCUGCAAUUGCAUAUAUUGACUUGCAAGCUUAAAUAUCUAGAAUUAAACAAGUGUGGAAGUCUUUCCAAGGUACCAAAGGGGUUGCAUCACCUAACGGCUCUUCAACAUCUUCAAAUAGUUGGAUGCUCAAGUCUGGUUUGUUUUGCUGAUGUCGGUUUUCCUCCUUCCCUUGAAGUCGUAUGGAUUUGGGAAUGCGAUUCGUUGCUGUAUUUUGCAAAAUACCAGAUUCCCCCAAAUCUAAGAAGAAUAGAGAUAGGAAAGUGUAGAAGUUUGAAAUCAUUAGUAGAGAAAGAGGAGGAUAGUUCUUCGUCUUCCUCUUCUUCUCAUAUUUCUCUUGAGCACUUGGAAAUACGGGGAUGUGAAUCUCUAACGUCGUUAUCAUUGAGAGCCCAGUUGUUUCCCAGGGCGCUUAAACGCCUUCACAUAUCCCAUUGUGGAAUGCUGCAGUUAAUAACGUCCGAUAGGUUAGCCCACGACAACACUAAUUAUUGUCUUGAAUAUAUUACGGUCUGGAGUUGCCGAAAUCUGAAAUCCUUACCGGAGGGCCUAUGUCACCUCACCAAACUUCAAACUUUAUAUAUUACUGACUGUAAGAGUCUUGUUUCCAUCCCGAGACUGAGUGGAGGUUUGCCUUCGCCAACAACCACACCCGCCUCCAACCUGAGACACAUCCACAUCAGAGAAUGCGGCAAAUUGGAGGUGUUUCCGGACAUGCACAAUCUCAACUCUCUUCAAGUGUUGAAUAUUGAUUGUGGUGAAGGUUUAAAUUUCGCUUCAUUUCCCCCCAACCUAACAUCACUUACCAUCCACGCAAUCAAGAAUUGUAAGCCGCUGUGGGAGUUGUUGCACAAGCUCACCUCUCUUACAGAGUUGUGGGUUGAUGGCGAAGACCCAUAUGUUGUGUCAUUUCCACCUGAAGGUGACUUAGAGAUGGAUAUGGCGAUGCUACUCCCUGAAUCACUCACUCAUCUCUCAAUUGCGGGCUUCCCAAAUCUGAAGAAACUGAGCAGCAAAGGCUUUCAAUUCCUCACCUCUCUUCAAUCUCUUCGACUCCAGAAUUGUCCAAAGUUGGCAUCUAUUCCAGUGGAGGGCCUGGCUCUUUCACUUUUUCAAUUGUAUAUCUCUGGGUGUCCAAAAUUGUAUUGGGCCGCACCUGAUGGGUUUGUCUUUGGACGAUACCGGUACUGGCGCAAAAUAUCCCACAUUCCUAGCAGAGAGAUAUAUCCAACUCUCCCCAGGUGGGUCUUUUUCAUCUACAGUUGCUUCAAGCACGACUACAACAAUGUAUCGUGGAGAUGGACGAGAUCUGGGUCAAUUAUGGUGGGAAAUAUUUAUUAAAUAAAGUGGCUCAAAGUUGGAAGGAAAUCGUGCAAGAGAAGAAAAUUCCAGUUCAAUAUCAAUUAUGGUGUUAAAAGAGGAAGGAUGUGUCGUUGAGAUUUUUGAGUUGCUUGAUUAAAUUUGAAGCACAGGAUUCUUUGCCAGAUUUAUAUUAAUUUAUUGUUUGCAAUUGGCGGUGUCGAAAUGAUGCGGAGGAGAAGUGUGACAUGGUGUGAAAUUGUGGCUAGAUGAUCUCAGAGACUUGGCUUACAAUGUGGAA